AUGGGUGAUAGUUGCCAGCCACAUAAGGGGGAUUCAGAAGGAAGGAAUGGCAGGCAGGGAAAGAGAGCGAAGAGGUUCCUCAGCUAUGAGCGAAAGAUUGUCUCCAAUAUGGCCUCUCGUUUCUGCUUCCUCCCCUGCAGCAACUACACCCUCAAGUUUAUGUCCUUCCCUAUGAGCGAUAUCACCGCAGCUUAUCGCAACGCCCCCGAGCGGACUGACGAAGUGUGGCAAAAGAUCCAGUGGUGUCUCCUCAGAAACAACCACUCGCAGAAGUUCCCCCAGGAUCAAGCCUUCCGUCUCCACCAAGGAAUCGUCACCAAUAGCGCCGAGCAAAUGAUGAGCCGCUUGUGCGUGAGGGUCCGAGAAGAGGUCCGGGUGCUCCGAAGCUGCUCCGUCGACACUGUCCAGGAGGACGUGUUGUAUGCGCGGGAGCUCAUGAAGGAAGCGAAGAAUUCACGGGCGCUCUUCCCCAGCCUGUAUGAACUCGGGCACAUAUUGGCCAGCGACGGGCCCGUCCGACACAAACUGGAGUCAGUAGCCAGCGAGGUGUCGAAGGCCGUGGACAAAGAGCUGCAGGUGAUUUUGGAGUCUAUGGUAGCCCUUACGCAGGAGCUGUGCCCACAUGCUGUCCAAGCCGCCGAGGAACAUAACAAGAUGUUGGCGGCGGUUUCCGAGCGCGUCACGGUCCCCCGGAACUUCAUUCGGGGAGUUCUGCUGGAACAGGCCGGCCAGGAUAUUCAGAACAAACUCAGUGAGGUGAAGCUCUCCGUGGUGACGUAUCUCACCAAUACCAUUGUGGAAGAAUUGCUCCAGGAACUCUACCACGCUCACAAGAACCUGGCCCAAAACAUCAUCCACCUCCGCCGACUUUCUGGAAGUCAAGAGAAUGCCACCUUCCCAGAGCACCUGGGGAAGCCCCGCCUUCGAGACCACGAGGAGACCACCGACGACGAGCUCGGCUCCAGCAUUGACACCAUGGCCAUCAAGAGGCGGAAGAAUUGCCGGAGAAUCCGGCCUGCUUCUGCCUUCAUCAGUGGCUCAGAACAAGAUGGCGAACUGAUCGUUCCCAGUAUGGACUCCCCUUUGGGCUGGAUCUCCUUGGCCAGCGGUAGCCAGUAUUCCCGGUCCUGCAGCACAUCUUUCGAGGCACUCUCUGACCUGCCCACCGAGGGUCUGCGGCUGGAGCACCACACCCGCCACAGGCCCCGCCCCCCUCGCACGGCUCCACGCAGGAACUUCCGGUCCAACAACCGAAUACUGGCAUCAAUUGAGUCGCGGGAGCAAGAGAAUGGGUCAGUGCCACAGUUGGACGAAGGCCUGGAUGAGUUUUUUAACAGAAGGGUACUUGCUGACAACGCCAGCUAUCCCAGGACACCCAAGAGUUGCGGAGUCAGGCCGGGCCCUUCGGACCCCCUCCCGCCUCAGCAAAAGAAGAGGAGGAGGGGGCUUUUCCAUUUUCGGAGGCAUCGUAGUGUCAAGGGGGAUCGGGACCCGGACGACCUGCCCCCAAGUCCUCCCCCGCCACCCCUGGGUGGGGAUGAACAGAAGCCCCCCUUCUGUGAAGAAGAAAGGAAGCUAGGACAGGAUACCCUUGAGAUGACAGCGGUUCUGCCGGGAAUGGGGGGCCCAGCCCCAGGAAGUGGGGUGAAGGGUCUACCGAGCCGAGUGAGACAGGGUUCCAAUCCUGACACAGAGUGGGCGGAGCCAGAUUCCAAAGGAGCAGAGCUCUUGCAGCCUUCUCGGGUUCAAGGUGUGGCGUUGCCAGGGAUGGGGCGCACAAAGGGGUGGAGUCUGGAUGCCAAGCUAGAGAGCGUGGACCUAGAGCGAGGAGGCAGUGUUCGGGACCAGCAGAGAAGACGCUCUUCAGAUGACUCAGGGCACGUCGGGUGGAGACCACAUCCCCCUCCACAGAGCACCAAGCCGAGCUUCGCCACCAUCCGUCGGGCCGAAGCCACCUGGGACAUUGCCGAAGAGAGCUCUCCGCGGGAAACCCGGGGGAAGGAGUCUCAGCAAGAACCCCCCCAGGACGGAAAGCAGAGUGGAGCCGACGGAAGGGGGGGUUUGCCUACGCUCAGCUCCGAGAAGGAGAGUCUGGUGGCACCAGUGAAGCAAAUCAGGGAUUUCUCCACCGCACCGCAGCCUACCAAGCCGAUCGCCCUCCCCCGGGGCCGGAAACCUCCCAGCCAACCCGAGAGAAGCCGGAGCAACGAGGAAGCGGGCCUGGCCGGAGGCGCUGCUCCGGAAGAUACACGUACGUCACCCCCAAUUGCCCAGCUCCGCCGCAGACCCGAGGAACCGGAGAACGAAGGGGACCCUGAGGUUGGGAGGAAGGCCGCCCCUCUCAAGCCAAAGAGGACGCGGCGAGCGCAGUCAUGUGACAAACUGGAUUCGGAUCGGGGCCGACAUCCGGGCUCUGGAGGUGCCAGUGACACACCCCUGCCUGACCCCCCUCCUCCCCCUCCCGACUGCGGCCUGACUAACCGGAAAGCUCGCCCUGCCGUUCCCCACCCUCUCCUCCCGGCGGACCGGACUGCGGGAACUCCCGGAUCUGGGACAGACUGAUGGACAGGCGCUCCCUCGAUGCCGAUGCCACCGCCGGAAGCUGCGACGCCUUUUCACCGUCCCAGGGGAAGAGCAAAGGAACAUGAACGUUCCAAAGGACAGAGAAUCACGGGGGAAUCCCCUCCCUGGUGCACCCUCUCCUACAAAGAGGGGCUGACCUCCCCCACCCUACAGAAACCAUCCAAGACCUGCUUGGUCUUCAGUGCUGCUGACCCCCCCCCCCAUUCUUCUUCCCCUCCUCCGUUUGUGCCUGUUUUCUUCCCUCGCUUCUGGGACAGACCCAUCUACCCCAUGACCCCAGAAGGACACAGCUCCCCCUUUUCAUCCAGGGUGGGCUGAGAAAAGCCCCUAAUGAAUCCCCCCUCCUUUUGCCCAUUCGAUUUAGGGGGCGCUAAGACCUACCAAAAGUCCCCUCCCUGGAAGAGAAAUUCCACAGCUGACUUCUCAGUUGGUUGGUUGUCCGCCGACUUCUCGGUUGUCCGUUUCCAGUUGGUCAACCGCUGACUUCUCGGUUGCCCGUUAUCUCCUUGUUACUAUGCGGAUCCCCCCCCCCUCUCGCUCGCCCGCCCGUCUUGCUGCUCCUGUCUGUCAUGUUCUUCUUACAUUCUCACCAUUCUAUUUUCAGCUUGUACAAAAGGAAGAGAAUAUUAAUAAAUUAUAUAUGGAAAUCAAAAA